AGUUCACCGAGGCUGAGUGGACUCAGGGUGGGGCUCAGCUGCUUUGGCUAGUCACAAGAGCCCCAGUGUGGGUCCUAGACCUAAGGAUUUUGUGAACAGAAGAGGAUUUUUCUGAAGCCAUUCUAAGGGAUCAGCAACCUCAAGUACUCAUGGGCCCAGGAAGGAGGCCUCUCUUAGAGAGAUGCCUUCAUUAUUCUUGACCAAUAUGGGUCAAGACAAGGGGCUGAGGUGGUGAAAGCCUGCUCUAUCCUCCCCCACCCCAGACUCCUUUGGAUCGGGUUCACCUGCGGGGCACUGUGCCAGCUAGGAAGGCUGGUGCAUCUUUAAUGAAGUCACCUGAUCCCUGGAACAGGCUCUUGGCCUCACCAAGUUCCUAGAGCCAGACCCACUGGUGCCCACUGAGCCACCACCUUCCUGUGCCUUGGUGCCAGGUCCCUUGCCCCAGCAGCCAUGAACCAGGCCUUCUGGAAAACCUAUAAGUCCAAAGUGCUACAGACCCUGAGUGGGGAAUCUGAGGAGGACUUGACAGAGGAGAGGGAGAACCCAGCGUUAGUGGAGUCUGAGAAGGCAGAACCAACUGAGGAGGCCUCCAAUGCCAUGUCACAGCUGGCCCGCCGGGUUCAGGGGGUCGGGGUGAAAGGCUGGCUGACAAUGUCAUCUCUGUUUAACAAAGAAGAUGAGGACAAGCUGCUGCCACCGGAGCCCUGUGCUGACCACCCGCUGGCGGCGCGGCCCCCCUCGCAGGCCGCAGCUGCGGAGCCGCGCGGGCAGGGGUUCUGGGACGCGUUCGCCAGCAGGUGGCAGCAGCAGCAGGCGGCGGCGGCGUCCAUGCUGCGCGGCGCCGAACCCACUACGGAGCCGGACCCCGAGCCCGGGGACGAGGCCGCGGAGGAAGACGCUGAGCGCGCCGAGCCGCGGGAGGCUGACCCGGCGGCCGGCUUCAAGUGGGGCUUCCUCACCCACAAACUGGCCGAGAUGAGGGUGAAGGCCGCGCCCAAGGGCGACUAGCCGGCAGGCCGAACUGGACGCCCGCUCCCUACCCCUCAUAUAAACCCCUGGCCCAACA